AAAAGCGGCGGCCCACGAUGUCGGAGAACGUGGUGGAGCUGUUAUUUUUCGACACGUUCGCUCACGACAACACGGAGGAAAUUAACCUCGACUUGGUGCAGUUCCCAAAGCCCGUCUACGUAACCGAGGUGAGGAUCAUCCCGUUGGGGGCUCGGGUGCAGGCCGAUUUCCCGGGCGGGGUUCGGCUCGGCGCGACAAACCCGAGCCAAUUCCAGAUCGAAUUUUUCGUCAACGACCUCGGCAAACCGGGAGCGAGCACUUUCGAGACGCUCGGCGGCUUCGAGUACGAUCAGAACGGGAAAAUCAACUUGGAAUGUUGCCCGGAUCCGAUCGCGCGCAAGAUCCCCACCGACGGUCUCGUCUUGAAAGGCGUCUACACGACAAUCACGUUGGCCGUGUACGGCACGUUGACCAACAACUUGACGGAACAGAUAAUCCAGCCGGUGGUCAAUCCGGCGUUGCCAAGUCAACCGAACACGAUAUCCGACGUCCAGCAGAUCAUCUCGGCUAGCUCGGUGGAGUCGGAAUGGUCGCAGGAGGCCGGCAAUGCCGGCCCUAUAGAAUACAUCUCUCAGACCGCCGCGACGUACCAGUCGUACGGUACCAACGAGCCGUAUCAGCAAGAGUUCACCGAUUAUUACAACGACAUCCCGAAAGAUCCGCGCGGAUACCAUCACACGCCGGAGACCGACUGGGAGGCGAAACCACGGAUCCGGGAACCCGAAAGGGGCGGCAGGGACGUCGCGUAUCAGUCGUCCUGUGCCGAACGGGACCUGGACAGGAGGGAACGCGACAGGGACAGGAGGUACUCCAGAUCCGAUGCCGACAGGCACGAAUGGCCAGAUUCGGACCGGAGCCACGACCGGGAAAGGUCCAGGAGACAUGACGACUCGUACCGGCGUUCCGACAGGUACAGGGACGAGAGGGAGGAGCGCAAACGGCCCAGGACGCCGCCCCCCGCGCAGUCUCCGAAACGCCCUCACACUCCGCACAACGAGCAGAAGGAGACGUCACCCGCGGAGACGGCGGAGCGCCAAGAAGACGGCGCUAAGCAGGAACCUGUGGAGACGAAGGUGGAGGCGGUGGCGGCCGAAGUAAAGUCGCCUCUCGUGGAGGAGCCGCCGCCCAUGGACGUGGAGGAAUUCGAGCCCAUCCUUAGCGACGAGGAUAUCGUCGACGACGGCGAGCAUUAUCAGGACGUCGAGUGCGACUAUUCGGGCUACACCAACAACGACGACAUUAUAAGGUUGUUUACGCCAGGCGUUACGGAAGUGCAAAGGUAUCCGGCCAAGGCGGCGUUCUCGAUCAACGAGGACGCGUUCGAGCUCGAAGAGAGUCUCAGGAUCGCGAUCGGCAUCACCGACGACUACCUGAAGUCGAGCAUCACGCGAUUCGCGAUCAACACGUUCGAGCGGCACAACGCCGAGAUCAAGGAGGAGUUUAUACACUUGUGCGAGAAGUUGCCCGUCACCGUCGGCACAGCGGAGACAUUCCGCGACAUCGCGCGUCUCCACGCGUCGACGGCGUCGACGGACGUCGCCCGGCUCUCAAACGAAGAUCGCGAAUUGGUCGCGCAGCUCGCUUUCAUCGCGGAAACCGUCGCCGAUUGGUUGAGGAUCGCUCUCGACUACGGCAUGGCCAAUGCGCAGGACCAGCCCACCUACAAGAUACGUCACAUCAAGUGCGGAGUGAGACUCGCCGAGUGGGUGUGCGCUAGCGACGACUACGUGCAGUACUUGUGGCGCGCCGGCUUUAACCUCCACAAGGAACUCUUCAACUUGUACCACCAGGAGUUCAUGGCGCUGUCGAUCAAGCUGAUGAUACUCAAAGCGCUCGACGCCUAUUUAAGGCACAAAUUCGCCAUCGAAAAGUUCCUCCGGGGCGACGCCCGGGCGUCGCCCCGCGAGAACGGUUACGUCGACGGGCCGCCCGCCGACCCCGGCAACGGUUACGCCGUGCUGGUGCGUGACCUGCGUCGCAACCCCCUCGUGCGUCUCAAGUUCGCGAUCGCCUCCAUCUUGAAGAAACUCAACCUGUUCGAGGCGCUGACGAAGACGCGCGGCGUCGCGGUCAAACUGCGCGACCCCGCGCGCGACCUCCCCGCCGACGACGUCACUCUGAUCGCCAAAUCGCUGCGCCAGGUGGCGCGCCACUGCUGCGGCGCCGGCCUCUUCGGCCUCUCGCAGCCCAAGCGUUUCCUGCCGGUGUCCGCGCAGUUCGAGGUGCCCCGCGUCGACCCCGGCAACGUCCUCGUCGUCUUCUGUCGCAUGUUCGACCUCCUGCACGUGUUCGUCCUGCUGCUCGCGCAUCCCGCGACCUCGAACUCGCCCGCGGUGAAGGCGCCCGUCUUCGAGCUACUCUCCGCCCUCGGCGACAAUCUCGACGGCCUCCGUUACCUCGCCGACGAUCCCGACGCCGUCAACCUCCUCGUCAAGCGUUUGCUGUCCAACGACGACGACGACAUCCUCGGCGACUACCUCGACGCUAGCUCCUCCCACCUCGGCCUCGACCUAGCGUACAAACUGCAAGCGCUCUACCACCUCGACCGUCUCCUGGACGUCGGGACGCGCGACGUCGACGCCCUCGACGUCGUCGACCAGCUCCACGGCCUGACGUGUCUCGGGUUCUCGCACGUCGGCAGACGCGCCGUCGCCCACGUGCUCGCCAUGGCGGACAACUUUCGUCGCGUCGUCCGCCUCUUCGACGCCGGGAAGUUGAAAAAAAACGCCGCCGCCGCCGGCUACCUCGUCGACCUCGCUCACUACGUCGUCGUCGCCGUCGCGAACGUGCCGUUCCUCGAGAAGUACCACCGCGACGUCGCGCACGCCGUCUCCUCCCUCCACGACGACAAGGCGGGCGAGGUGCGCGCGCAUCUCGCCCCAUUCGACGCCCCCGUCACCUACGACAACGUGUCCGGGUACCUGGGGAUCGUGGAACGCGAGCUGCCCGACGCGGCGUCCGCGCCGGGCGCCCUCGUCUCCGCCCUGCGCGUCCUCCACCACCUGGGGAUCCCGAAACACCGGGCGGCGCCCGAGACUCCGCUCGCCGGUUGCGUCGAGCUCAAGUACAAGCACGUCCUGCUGCAGCUCUAUUCGCUCGACGGCGCCGCCCUCCUCGUCCGUCUCCUGCAGAAGAUCUGCGACCAUUACCAGCUGCCCGGGUUCCACUCGUACGCGUUGGCGUCGGAACGCGGCGCCCGUCUCGUCCACGUCCUCCAUCCGGCCGUCGUUCUCCUCGAGCGGAUGCUCGCGCACGUCGUGCGCUGCCGCAACGUCGACUUCAAGGACCUGACGUCGAUCCCGGUGCUGCUGCGCGUUUACAACCUGCUGUGCGCGUAUCCCGCGAACUGCGCGGGCCACGCGACCAGCGUGGAGGCCCGCGCGGCCGUCGCGGACGCCCUCCUCGUCUACACGCAGCCGGUGUCGGACCUGGUGCGCGAGAAAGACUCGCCGAACCGCACGCUGUGGAGUCAGAUGUGCGGCGAGGUGCUCAAGUACGUCGUCUCCGCCCCUUACUGCUUCGUGCCUGGCCUCGCGCUCCUCUCCGAACUGCUGCCGCUCCCGUUGCCGGUGCAGAGCGUCGGCGACGUCGGCGACGCGGAAAUCUCGUGGACGGUGAACCUGCGCAGGUUGUGGUCCGCCCACCUCCAUCCCCACUCGGCCGUCGUGCAGGCGAUGGUCUCGCGACUGUGCGUGUCGAGUCAGCCGCAACUGUCGAACUUGCUGAGGCGCGUGUGCGUCCAGAUCGCGGACUUGGCCGCGAACUCGGCGGCGACGGUCGCCCGCGGCGUCCUCGACGCGGUCCGCGACGCCCUCGACGCGUCGUCGUGCUCCGCGUCGCAGACCGCCCGCCUCCUCAACUUCCUCGCGUGUCUCGUCACCCACGCGCCCAUCAAAUGCGCGGUGCUCCACCUGAUCCACGGCGGAGGCGCCGCCAAGACCGACGACAAGUACGCCGAGCUAGUGCCGCGAUUCUGCCGCGUGCUCAGGCUCGAGGGGGGCGGGGCCGCGCAGGCGCAGGAAUGCAUCCUGAGCGUGGUGCAGAGUUUCUGCGACGUGGAGAUCGCGCUGACGCAGGCGACGACGGCCGCGAGUCCCGAGCGUUACCUCGCCAACGCGUUGCCCGUCAAGGAGCACCUGCUCACGUACGUGGAUGUGAUGCUCGAUCACCUGGCCUCGCCCGAGAACUCUUUCGUCACGUAUUUGCCGAUCGUGCGCACGCUGCUCCUGCUCACCGAGCACGACUACGGUUUCCGGCACCUGAAGGAGCGGCUCGCCAAGCGGGAUCGCGUUUUCGGCACCCUGCUCGCGAAACUGAGCACGAACUUGACGAAGACGAGCCCCGAGUGCCUGUCGACGCUCGACACCCUCGUCGAGUUCCUGCGGGUGUGUCUGACGGUCGACGAGGGCGACGCCGCGCCGUUGCGGACCGCCACCCUCGCCGUCGACGAGGUAAGACGGCUGGUGGGCUGGUCCGACCCCGCCCACCCGUUCCUGUCGAUCGAGGAGACGCUGAAGAGGGAGAUCGAGACGGACAGCGGCUUCGAGACGAUCCUCGAGGGUCUCGCGUCGAUUCUCAAGCAGCUGGCCGGCGGACAGCGGGACGUCGCGGAGGCGGAGUCGAGGGAGGCGGCGCCGCUGCCGCCGCCGGAGCCGCUGCUCGCCCAGUUCGCCGGACGUUUGGUGUACGGCAACGCCGAGACGUGCGACGAGCGGUUGACCGCACGGUAUUGGCUCGCGUUGCCCAGCGACGAGCCCGAUACGGAGCUGGAGAGCGUGCCCUGCGACCUGCUGGAGGUGUGCCGGCUGCUGCCGCCCGAGUUCAACCUCGUCAAGGAGGCGGAGCGGUUGUGUCACGUGUCGCGCGUCGCCGACGUCACGGGCAAGGACAAGGAGACGGCCGAGCAGCGCUGCAAGACGAAGAAGCCGUUCGUGACGCCGAUGAGGCCGCGAAAUUUCACUCGGCCCGCGCAGCAGCGGCCCGAUUUGUUCCGUUCGAGGCCCCCGAACACUUCGAGACCGCCGUCGCUGCAUGUGGAUGACUUCGUGGCGUUGGAAACUUGCGGGGCGCAGCCGACCGGCCCCACCGGCUACAACAAGAUCAGCAGGGAGUUGCUGGCGUCGACGCGUAUGGCGAGGGGCCCCCGGGGCCGAGCCUUCGUCACGUCCGAACGCUCGAUGCACUACAACCGGCAAAUGCCGUGGUGGGGCGCCGGCAUGUUCAUCGGCAGGGGUCCCUACUUUUAAUCGCGUUAAAAAAAAAACUCUUUGCUCAUAAAAUAUCGUGGGGCACCGGCACGUUCAUCGCGUCAAAUAAAAAUCUU